AUGGCGCCUUCAACAAAUAACUCAUCCCAAGUUGAGGGUUCGACAAUGAAUCUGUUUCAAGGCGCACGGUUCUGGCUAUCUCUAACUGUUCCACAAAGGCCGAGGUUUAAAGAAUUAAUUAAGCAAUAUGGUGGCACCGUUGUGCUGAUGGAAAAGGAUGCUGAUGUCAAGUUGGUAGAUCACACGAGGAAAGACCUACCCAAAGACACUUUCUCCUAUCAAUAUGUAGAGCGUUCUAUCACCAAGGGACAGCUUGAGGAUCUAGAAGCCCACCGGGUUGGACCAUCUGCACCUCGUCCAAUGGGUGCAUCCAAUAUUCCCACGAAAAGCACAAGAUCGUUCUUUACUUUGAAAGAGGAUCAAAUAUUGUUUGACUGGGUCGAACAUUAUUCACAAGAGCCAGGGGCGCCUAUCCAAGGCAAUAGAAUCUACCAGGAUUUAAGUGAACUGUUUCCCGGUCACCCAUGGCAGUCCUGGCGUAGUAGAUACAUGAAGCACCUGCGGGGCAAGGGCCGUCCGGGGGGUGGCACCCCAUUAUCAUACGCCGAGCUUGUACAGUCUGCACCACCCCAAGGAGAACGCCCAAAGACCUUACCAGUCCGAACUUCCCCAAAAGAAUCUACGGCAAAAUCUAGCACAAGGGUCCCUCAUCUGGCACCGCCUCCAGUCCAAGCAAAUACAGCCAACAGUCCCAAACGAAAACGAGAUACGGUUCCUGAACCGCUGAAUCAACGGCGGAGGGACGUUUCACCUAUGAAAAGAAGAGCAAUCAGAGCUUCUCCAACUGCGGGUCCUUCCUCCCGCCGUUCCCGUCCCGAUAGUCGGGGACCCCGACCAGAGUCAUCAAACGUGGCAGUCACACCACCCUUUGCUGCACGCCCAGGAAGAGACUCUCCCGGCGUCUUGUCGUCAGAUACAGGGCCGCUCCAAGGCCUUGGGAUUCCAGGCCUCUUCCCAGUCCCGAACCCUUCCACACCAACCUUUCGCCUCUUUACUCAGGAGACUUCAAAACGAUCAGCAAAUGCAACAGAGCCGCCAGUGCAGCCAGCCCCACCGCGACCACUGGGGGACAACGCAUUCGCACAGUCUGGCAGAUUCAAGAAACAAGUACCGAAACCCAGACCACCAGUAAACGAUAUCUUCGAAGACCCGGUGGAUCCUAUUUUCCUAGAACUCCCAUUCUUGCCCUCAAGCCCAGCAUCCGAGGUGGCUGACGAUGACGCCUCAGAUGCACCCAGCGUCGAUACUUGGAUUGAUCAACGUCUGGCUCUAGGUGCCAAAGAAUCCCACGUGUUCGAUGCUCUGCGGUGUACAAGCAUGGUCCCAGAGAUGGCAGAUAAGGUUCUCAAAUACCUCACCGCAGGCAAAGGUAUUCCCGAUGAUAUGCCCGGAGUCUGGACAGCUGAGGACGAUAGCUGUUUACAAGCGGCGGAAUAUUCGCGUGUGCAGCGAGCGUUGACAAAGCACGGCGCAGAAGCGUACAAGGAUAGAUGGGAAUAUUUCAGCAUGGCGCGGCAGACAGGACUCAUUGAAUGA